UCACAUCAUAAAACUGUCAUAGCUGCAGUUCACUUCACAACACUCCGACCAGGAAGUCACACACACAAAAAAAAACGGUGCUGCCUAUUUGACCAUGUUAUUUUUGCAGGCUGCACACGCAGGCAAUCGCACAAUGUGACUUGUUUCACAAUGAGUAAGAGGAAAGGCAAAGUGAUCAGUGACGCGACAACUGUCAAGAGCCGCAGAGUGACAGCUGUGGGUCUGGAAGAUGUACCAGAUGAUAGAAACCAUCAGGGACCAUCUUCCAACAAACUCUCUCUGUCUGCCACGGGAGACAUUGGCCUCAUUGAAAGCAUCACUCUGAAGAAUUUCAUGUGUCACUAUUUGCUCGGUCCGUUCCAGUUUGGGCCCAAUGUGAACUUCAUCGUUGGCAACAAUGGAAGUGGAAAAAGUGCCAUCCUGACUGCUUUGAUCGUGGGCCUCGGUGGAAAGGCCACUAUCACAAACAGAGGAGUGUCACUGAAGGAUUUUGUGAAGUCCGGUGAAAAUACUGCAGAUAUAACAGUGAAGCUGAGGAACAGAGGAGCAGAUGCUUAUAAAAGAGAAAUCUUCGGUGACUGCAUCUCCAUCGAGCAUCGCAUCUCAGUUGAUGGAUGUCGGACCUGCAGGCUGAAGAGCAAAUCAGGACAACUCAUCUCAAACAAGAAGGAGGAACUGACGGCCAUUUUGGACCACUUCAAUAUCCAGCUGGAUAACCCGGUGUCCAUUCUCAACCAGGAAAUGAGUAAACAGUUCUUGCAUUCAAAAAGUGAAACAGACAAGUAUAAGUUCUUCAUGAAAGCAACUCUGCUGGAACAGAUGAAGAGGGAUUACAUCCACAUCAAACACACUAAAACAGUCACACGACAGCAGGUGGAGAGACAAGAGGAGUGUCUGAAGGACCUGAAGCAAGAGUUUCUGCAGAGGAAAGAACGAUAUGAAAAUUUGUCAUCCAUCAGUGAGAUGAAGGAGGUUUUGGAGAAUCUGAAGAAAGCAAUGGCAUGGUGUUUGGUCAGAGAGAAGGAGCAGUUUGUACAACAGUUGAAGGAGGACAUUGAAAAGGAAGAGACUAAUUACAAACAUCAAUACAACUUUCAGCUCUGUCAGACUAAGUUCUUACAAGUAGAGAAAACACUUCAGUGCAUCAGAAACACCAUAAACAGUCUAAGAGAGGAACAAGAAUCACUGUUUGGAGACAAUCUCAAGUUGAAAGAGCAAGUGAAGGUCAUCAGGAAAGCUCACAAGGAACAGGAGCUCGUUUACUUUCGGGCUCUGAACAAACUCAAACAGUCAGAGCAGGAGCAAAAUCUUCUCCGGGAGAAAGUUAACAAGGCAAAAACAAGUGGGAGCCUGAACAGCGAAGGAGAGACGCAAUAUAUGAAACAGCAGAGGACCUUAUCCCAUCUCAAAGAGCAGCUUGCAGAGCUCGACAAUAAGUGCUCACAGCUGAAUGUUGAGAUCAAGAACAACCAUGAGGCUCUUUUCAAAGGAAGGGAGGAACGUGACAAGCUGAGACUGGAAGAAAAGACUGUCCAGGCUUCCUACGAGUCCAAACUGAAGAGGAAGAACCAGCUCCUCGCCAGUCGAUCAAACAAACUGAAAAGAUUCGGAGAUCUUGUGCCCGACCUGUUGGGCGCUAUCGCUGAGGCUCACGCCACAGGACGCUUUGUGAAGAGACCUGUUGGUCCAAUAGGGGCGUGCAUCAAUUUGAAGGAUCCCACGUUAGCUGUAGCUGUGGAGUGCUGUCUGCGGAGCUUCAUGAAGGCUUUCUGCUGUGACAACUACAAGGACGAGGCGGUCCUUCAGGAGCUCAUGUCUCGAUAUUAUCCGAGGGGCAACAGGCCGCAGAUCAUCGUCAGUCCUUUCUCUGAAAAAAUGUACAACAUUCAUGGAAGGAAGGCAUGUCAUCCAGAGUAUCCAGGUCUGCUGGACAUAAUCAGCUCAACGAGCCCAAUCAUCAUCAACUGCCUCAUUGAUAUGAGAGGGAUAGAGUCGAUUCUGAUAAUUAAAGAGAAAGAAAAAGCGAGGAAGGUCAUGCAGCAUGGCUGGCCGCCUAAAAACUGCCGUGAGGCCUUCACUGCCGAGGGAGAUCAGGUGUACCCAAACCGUUACUACACCUCUGACUUCAACAUAGCAAAAUUUCUUGGUGGGGAUCUCGAGACUGAAAUAAGCAUGUUGGAGUCAGACCUGGAGAAUCACCGGGCUCAGCUGUCCAAGUUUCAGCUCCAGGUGACCUCUGUGACUGAAGACAUCCUGAGCAUGGAGAACGGACUGAACAGCACCAUCAUGACCCUGAAGGCAACACUGGCAGCUAUGAAUCAAGUUAAAGCAGCAAUAACUGAGCUGGAGAUUUUCAGAGACGAGCAAAUUGAUGACAUCAGCUCUUUGGAAGAAGUCGCUGCAGAGAACCAACAGAAAAUCGAGGCGGAAAAGCAAUCUGUUCAUGAGGCCAAGACAGAAUUUGACAAGCAUCGAAAAAUGUCAGAAGACACAGACUCCAAAUAUUCGUCUGUUAGAGAAAGGAUUGGUCAGCUCUCUGAGGAUAUGGAGCCAUUGAAGGACGACCAGCUGAGACUGGAGGCAGAGUGUGAAAGACAUGAACGAACCCUUAAGCUCUUCGAACACAAUCUGAGGAUUCAUGAAGGAAACAUCCAAGCUAUGAAAAAUGAACUUUCCCAAAAAGAAGAAGAGUUACAGGAAUAUGUGGCCAAAGCUACUAAGAUCAGCCCCGAACGGCAGCAGGUGACCAGCAGCACCAAGAGGAUCGACGCAGAAAUCUCUCGGCUGAAGAAGAGGCUGAAAAUAUACGAGAGCUGCUACGGUGAGCAGGAGCAGGUGGUCAGGGAGUACGCAGAGGCACUGGCUCUCUACAGAGAGAAGACCAACCAAGUGAGAGACCUGCGGAGAUUCAUCGAUCGACUCGAUAACAUCAUGUCAGACAGGCAGAACAGAUACAAAAUAAUGCGUAGGUCUCUCUCUGUCAGAUGCAAGUUGUACUUCAAUAACUUCCUGAUAAAGAUGAACUGCUGCGGCUCAAUGAUUUUUGAUCACAACAAUGAAACACUCACAAUCUCAGUAAAUCCUCCUGGCAGAGAGGAUGAUGACGUGAGUGACAUGAGGUCCCUCUCUGGUGGCGAGCGCUCCUUCUCCACUGUUUGCUUCAUGCUCUCCCUGUGGGAGAUCACAGAGUCACCCUUCAGAUGCCUCGAUGAGUUCGACGUCUACAUGGACAUGCACAGCCGGAGAAUCUCUCUGGAUCUGCUCCUGGAGCUGUCAGAGCGGCAGCACCUUCGACAGUUUGUCUUCAUCACGCCCCUGACCACAAGUCAUCUUCCCAAAACCAGUCUUAUCAAAAUCCAUCAGCUUCAGGAUCCAGAAAGAGUCCGGAGUCAGACAGGAGAUGAAGAUGUUUAAAGUGAUCUCCAGUGAAAGAAACCUAAAGAGGUGAUGUUUAUGUGCACAGUUACUGUAUAUUUUAAUAUUAUUGUAUG